AUGGCUGAGACUGAAAACCCCCCUGAUUCUUCUGCGCCCGCCGUUGCCGAAACACCGAAUGUGGGGAAAUCGGCCAGUCCCGCGGGGGGUUCACCAUCGUCUUUGGAUGUCGCUCAGCGCCAGUUGCUAGAAGCCCUCAGGGCAACCGACGUCACCAUCGGCCGCUUGGACAAGCUCAUGUCAUCGGCCUAUGGUCAAGAACGAGUUUUUGCUGUCACCGGUUAUCUAACCCAUGCGCUCCAUCACCUCCUGGCCUCCGCACCAUGGAUUGCCCUCCAAACACGGCUCGGCCUUCUGGCCCGAUUGAGAUCGAAAGCCAAGCCUGUCGCACCCAACUCGACUCCCUCGCAAUCGCGACUACUUGCCCUCUCCGCUCUCAUGUCAGAAACCCGUUAUAGCCUCCGGCUCUUGGGCCUCUUCCCUCUGUGGACUUGGGGCUCCGCUACAUUGAAGUCUCCUCCAUCGGACCGCAUCCUCUACGCACUUACCCUUCUUCAAGUGGCUGUGAACAUGAUCUACCAAGCCCUAGAGAAUGCUGGCUUCCUGGCUUCCAAAGGAGUAAUCUCGAAGAAGUUCAUCGACCGCUGGGGCGGAAUUGACAAGUGGUAUAUAUGGAGUACACGGGCCUGGUUCGGCCACAUCUUCUUCCAGUUCUUCGUGCUGUGGAGAGAGCACGUGCUCCGGAAGAAGAGAAUGAGUGGUGAGGUGUCAGAGGAGAAGAAGAAAGAAGCCUUGAAAGCCGAGGUUCGCGCUUGGAAGAAGAGCCUGGUGAAUAAUACCUGCUGGGCGCCAUUGUGUCUUCACUGGUGUUUCGAAAAGGGGAUUGGUUUCCCUGACAGUUUGAGUGGUGUUGUUAGCUUCAUGGCUGCGGGUUGGGGCGUUUAUGACUUAUGGACCGCAACUGCGCAGUCCUAG